CUAGGAAUUAUGUUUUCUGGGCAUAAACCUCGUAUAGAACACCAUUUCAUGUUGCACAGCCCAACUCAAACCCCAAACUAGAGUAGUCCACGACAGAACACAAGUGUAGCUCGAAAUCGGAGUAAAUUCACGUCGACUCCAAUAGACGUUAGCGUUUUGCGCUGAGACUGCGGGCGGGCAGGCACUGUCAGGGGAAUUCGGACUACCAUUUUCCCGCUUACCUCCAGAACGAUGUCGUUGAUGGAGACAGUCAUUCGACAAGCUCUUCUUCUUCCUCUACGACAAAUACCAUCUCCACCGCCGUUGAGUUCAUCGAGAGUUGCAGCGAAUUCGAUGUACGGGCAGAACAAGAAGAAGAUGGGUACCGGAAGAGCCCUAAUUUUGUGUUGCUCUGAUUCCUCGUCCAUUUCGUCAUCUUAUUCUCCCUCUCCGGCGAUUUCAACGACUAGUGCUCCACCGGUGAAAAGGAGGAGGAAGAGAUACAGAAGGCUGUACCCAGGAGAGAGUAAAGGCAUCACCGAAGAGAUGAGGUUCGUUGCCAUGAGACUCCGAAGGGUUAACAAGGGCGGCAACGAUGACGAUGACCAAGAUUCAUCUAGUGAAGACGGUAAAGAACGAGAGGGUAAUUUGGCAUCAGAUGAUGAUGAUGGUGGUGUUGGUGGAGCGACAUGGGAGCCGACCUUGGACGGGUUCCUCAAGUAUUUAGUUGAUAGCAAGCUCGUCUUCGACACUGUGGAGCGCAUCGUCGACGAAUCCAGUGACGUUGCCUACGCCUAUUUCAGAAAAACUGGAUUGGAACGAUCAGAAGGUCUUGCAAAAGAUCUAGAGUGGAUUAGAUUACAGGGGUUUGUGAUUCCUGAACCUAGUAAUCCGGGAGUUUCUUAUGCCAAGUAUUUAAACGAACUUGCAGAGAAGAGUGCCCCAUUGUUCCUUUGCCAUUUCUACAACAUAUACUUUUCACAUAUUGCCGGAGGUCAGGUGAUAGCAAGGCAGGUUUCUAAGAAGCUCCUAGAAGGAAGGGAGAUGGAGUUUUACAGAUGGGAGGGGGAUAUGCCAGGGUUGAUGAGUGGCGUCCGUGAGAAGCUGAACAUGCUUGGAGAGCACUGGAGUCGUGAUGAGAAAAACAAAUGCUUAAAAGAAGCAACAAAGUCAUUUCGGUUUUUGGGGCAGAUUGUCCGCUUGAUCAUCUUAUGAAGUCAUCUUAAAAUCCACAGAUGAUUGUUUGUGAAGAGCAAGGCACAUUCCUUCUAUGUUCCACCCUCAUUAGAAGAUCAUUUGGCUGGCAUUUUCACCGAGUCCUAUCGACCUGGUCGGCAACAUGGUCUUAUUUUCAAACUCAAGAUGACAUUGUCACCACUAUUAUAAGCUUGAGGGAGUGUUAAAUAUUACCAUACUUAUGAUACAAUAUAUUCAUGAUAUUCUAGCAUAUUCUCUAUCAUAUUUAGCUUAUUAUAAAUAAUGUAAAUCAAUUAGCUGUAUUUUGACUUAUAUUAUUUAUUGUAUUUUCAUUCUUUCUCUAGACUUAUUCAAUUAUAAAUAGGGCAUUCUAUUG